AUGGAUUCUUCCUCGGAAGGAACAACCACCAAUUCCCUUUAUGCCAGCCUUUUGAAAGACUCUUGCCUUGAAUAUUUGCUCCCUCCCCAUGAGUUCAAUCCUCCUAUGGAUCCGUCCCUGGGUGCAAUCGGCGAUGAGAGGCUUAAGUUGGGAAACAUCCGAAGACUCUUUGGCUACUGCCCUGAAGAGCGCAUGAGCUUUAAAGAUCUUGGAAAGAACCUUCCCAAAAGCAACAUGAAGGAUGUCCUAUUCCUGAGCGUGUACAUUAGUCCAGCCACCAUCCCGCACCAGGGCUACUUUGAGCUCGGGAUCUCCGUUUUCGACACCCGCUACCUCCGCAAUGGCAUGGACGCCCGCAGAGUGGAUAGAUCAUGGGCCAUGGCCGCCGUGCAAUCCUACCACCUCCGCCUCACACAGAGCGGAUGGCGCAUGCCACCCGGCGACGGCAGGUUCAAUUUCGGCAGCUCAACCAUCAUCAGUCCCGAACAACUGCGCGCCUGCAUCGAGGACAUCGUCCGGGACCGAGACUACGCCCUCGUCGUCUCGAACCCGCACUCACACGUCCAUAACCUUCAAUUCAUCGGCAUCGUCACGGGCCUCGACCCCCUCUGCUCCAUCGACGUCGUCAGCGCCUACAACAUAAUCAUGCAGAGGCGCCACACCAGCCUCCGCGCCCUCAUGUUCGAGAUGACCUUGUCCCACGCGGACAUCCACCACCCGGGCAACGCGGCCCACUACAACCUCCGGGCUCUCAUCGGCCUCGCUACCCUCGACGCCGCCAAGAACGGUUGGUCGUGGACGUCCAGCCUGUUGGGGCGCAUGACUUUCAUCGCUAAAUGCCCCGAGGCCAUGUUCGCCGACGGCUACGGAAAGGCCUGGGUCGACUGGUUCUUCCGGUCCCACCGCGAUGCCGUUGCGCAACGAAAGGUGGAAGCCAAAACCGAGCACCCCAAUACGAGCCGGAAGUAUAAGAAAUGGCUGCUGAAAACGCGUCAGCUGUUUAAUGGUCAAGGCAACGGGUUUGCUUCAGGGUGA